GCACGAGCGGCCGAUUCGAUUUCAACUCUUGAAUAUUUCGAAAGGAUACACACAGGAAUCUUUUCUCGUCACGACAGAUUGAUAUCUCGACUAGAAAAUUUCGAAAUUUAUUUUUUCCAACAAAUAUCCGAUGACUUCUAAAACGAUGAUGCAACCGUGUUCCAAUACCAUCUACUUGUAUCUUGUCCUCUUUAUUUUUGGAAUUAUAAUUGUUCACGGUGAACCGGAACCGAUGGCCAGACCAACACGACCAGAAAUAUUUACAAGUCCGGAAGAAUUAAGAAAAUACAUCGAUCAUGUUAGUGAUUAUUAUUUGCUUAGUGGAAAGGCAAGAUAUGGAAAAAGAGGAAAUGUUCUAUACUCUGUGCCAGAUGUUAAUUAUCCUUGGGAUACGAUGAAAACAGUGGUGGAGAAUUCUCAACGAUCGCAGCAAUUAAAGUUGGAGAAAAGGAAACAAAAAGAUAGUCAACUUUUGGGUGAGCACGAAACCUAUGGCGCUAAAAAGGAAACAUCACGAAUCGAUACUCGACCUUGUCACGUGUUAGACUCAAUUGAAAGAUACUAUGACGAUGUGCAAUAAAAUAAUUUGCAUAUCUUGCCUUGUCUAUAACGUAUGCAUCUCGUUGUUGUUUGAUUCUUUGUCACAUGUUUCAUUUUAAUUGCUUAUCAACUUUAAUACUUUUCUUUGUAAAAAAAAAAAAGUUUAUUUGAAUUUUCAAUUGAAAAUAAAGAGUGCCUCUUCGAAUUGAAACAAGGAUAAAAUACAGCUAAUCAGUUAAGUUUUUCGUUAAAAUUUAUACAAACAACAAGA